AUGGCAAGGCAAGGGAACUUCUACGCGGUUAGAAAGGGCAGGGAAACUGGGAUCUAUAAUACAUGGAAUGAAUGUAAAAACCAAGUUGAUGGUUAUGGUGGUGCAAUUUAUAAAAAAUUUAACAGCUACGAGCAAGCGAAAUCUUUCCUAGGUCAACCAAAUACUACAUCAAACUAUGGAAGUUCAACGCAUGCUGGAGGGCAAGUUAGUAAACCUCAUACCACUCAAAAGCGAGUUCAUCGAAGGAAUCGGCCACUUCAUUAUUCCUCCUUGACAUCGUCAUCAGCAUGUUCAUCUUUAAGCUCUGCUAAUACAAAUACCUUUUAUUCAGUAAAGAGUAAUGUUCCAAAUAUCGAGAGUAAAAUCUUUAACAAUUGGAAAGACUGUCAAGCCUAUGUCAAGCAUAAAAGGGGUAUAACCUUCAAGAAGUUUGAAGACCAAUUAGCUGCGGAAAACUUCAUUAGUGGUAUGAGUGCGCAUGAUUACAAGCUCAUGAAUAUAUCCAAAGAAAGUUUUGAAUCUAAGUAUAAGCUUUCUAGCAAUACCAUGUACAACAAGUCUAUGAACGUUUACUGUGAUGGUUCAAGUUUUGGAAACGGCACGUCAUCUUCAAGGGCAGGUUAUGGUGCAUAUUUUGAAGGAGCGCCAGAGGAAAAUAUUUCAGAACCCUUAUUAUCGGGAGCUCAAACUAAUAAUAGAGCUGAAAUCGAAGCAGUAUCAGAAGCUUUGAAGAAAAUCUGGGAAAAGUUAACUAAUGAAAAGGAAAAAGUAAAUUAUCAAAUCAAAACUGAUUCAGAGUACGUAACCAAAUUAUUAAAUGACAGGUAUAUGACGUAUGAUAAUAAAAAACUUGAAGGGCUACCUAAUUCUGAUUUAAUUGUUCCUUUGGUGCAGAGGUUCGUUAAAGUUAAAAAGUACUAUGAGUUGAAUAAAGAGUGCUUCAAAAAUAAUGGUAAAUUUCAGAUUGAAUGGGUAAAAGGACACGAUGGUGAUCCAGGAAAUGAAAUGGCAGAUUUUCUGGCGAAGAAAGGAGCAUCUAGACGAUAA